GCCUCAGUCCAAGCUCGGUCCAAUUUUAGUUCGUGCAUCGUGUCACCAUGGGCGGAACGGCCCCAGACAAUCGCUGCAGGGAAGGGCGCCUCACGCGCGCGUAAUCUGGGGGAGACCUCUGUGGCAAAAUCCUUUUGUCCUCUACUCCUUCCUUUUGGCCUACCUCUCAUCGUGAGAGUGCGAAUUGUGGAAACACGCAGGCACGACUGCUAUCAAUGUUGUUGUCCUCAGCUCACAAGGACUUUUCAUACCUGCAUCUCUUCAUAUGGUCGAACGCGCCCCGCAGCGCAGCGAAGUCCGUGGCUCGUCCGGGGUGCGACUGCCUUCGAUCGUCUCGGUCCUGGGCAGUGCGCCAGGAGACAUCUUUACGUUGCCAUCGCGCCGAACCCCUCUCAGAGACGCACAACAAGGGACGGCGGCGGCUUUCACCAACAAGGAUCGGCCGACGGAAGAACAUGCGCUGCCCAUCGACAUGUUAGCUCCCUCCGACAUUUUAGGACGAGCUCGCCAGACAGCAUGUACAGCAUCUAAGCCGGAACGCGCUCUCCGCACCGGAGUGCCAAAUGCUCGCGAAGCACGCGAGGCUUCGACAGCCUCAUUACUCCACCCGUAUCCAUAUAUCGACUGGUCGCUACUUAAAGAUGCUCCGUCCAGCCCCCCCCCCUUCGAACGGACGGCAGCGCAAUGUCAAUCUUUCGCAGCGUCGGGAAAUGUGGGCCGGCAAUUCUGCGUACGCUUUGCGCCUGGUUCGUCCGACGCGCAUGCAGUAUUAUCCAGCCUGAGAUGCCAUUCGGACGACCUGAAGGUAGUUUGCAGGGAGGCUGCUCUCCCUUCGACAAGUCGUCCGCCUCCUAGGCCAGGACAGAUGACCUCCAGGUUGGCAGCAGUUCCUCGCUUCCUUCCCAGCUCACCGCGAGGCCAUCGAGUAGGCGAUAGCAGUGUCGAGCCCGACGGCAGAGUUCUGCAUGAACAUCACGAGCUCUUUGCCAUAGGCAGCACUUCUGGCGGAAAUCGGAACCUUCGGCAAAGCAGAAGCACGAAUGGCGGCGGGCGGAGUCAAGUCGCGCCGAGCACACGAUCGGAUGCUGUGCUCAGCGGCCGAUGUCUCUCCGGCCAGCCGGCAUUUUCUCUUCACGCCCACACAUUUCGCGGCCAACCUAGCACGCCGCAAGCACGUCAGGAUGCCAACGAUGCCUGGCGGCCAUCUAAGCGCUCUGGAGGCCCCACCUUGAAAACCAAACGUGCGGGCGAACCGUCAUCAUGCCUUGCCUGCGGCUGCGUCGCUACGGCUGAAUGGCGCAGCGGCCCCGCGGGCCCGAGGACUCUGUGCAAUGCAUGCGGGCUGCACUAUGCAAAGAAAGCGAGACUCGAAAAGCCAAAUGUCCCAUCAAAGGUGGGCGUGCUGACGGACGUCUUUGAAACUCUGCGCAGAGAUAGAAAGAAAAGAUGGCUGCGACAGCAAUCUCGACGUUGGGCAUAGAUGCGCAGUUCCUCUAGAUCUGUCAGACAGGAAGCUUCUCAGCCUAUUUCACCGCAGACGAUGCGAAAGGAGAGGAUCUUUCAACUUUCUGACCUCUGGCGUGGACCGCUGCUGGUCAGCACGGAACACUCACGGCGCAAGUCAAUGCAUUCACUCGGCGUCGCAAAUGUGUUCUAGCCACGGCGAUUCGUGUCUAUGCGGCUCGAUUUCUGCAUCACAAAGCAGCUGCCUGGCCUGCUUCGAUUUUCAUUCUUGUGCAUCGUAGCGCGAAUCAAAGUAGGCCUCUACCCCUCUGUUGAGGGUCAAACCUGGUCGCAUAGGUCGGCCGUGGCACCCCGUGGGCGGCUGAAGACCGCAGACUGAGACCAUUUCAGGAAUUGCCGUCGCUUUCUGUCAACGAAUGAGGUCGCAGGAAAGCACAGAGGUCAAAUGAGGUGGGCUGGGCCGUAGCGCAAAGUGCUGUGAUUUUCGUUGGUUGAGUUCACUUCCC